AUGGCCGACUCCAGCGAACAGAUGCAGGCCAAGAUCGUCGCCGCCAGACGCGAGGCCGAAGUGCUCAAGGACCGCAUUAGGCAUCGCAGAGACGACCUCGCAGACACCACCCUCCGCCAGGUCGCCCAGAACAACACUGACCCCCUCCCCCGAAUCGGGAUGCGCCCGCGCCGCAAUCUCAAGGGCCAUCUCGCCAAAAUCUACGCCAUGCACUGGUCCACCGACCGCCGCCAUCUCGUCUCUGCCUCCCAGGACGGCAAGCUCAUCAUCUGGGACGCCUACACCACCAACAAGGUCCACGCCAUCCCCCUGCGCUCCUCCUGGGUCAUGACCUGCGCCUACGCCCCCUCGGGAAACUACGUCGCCUGCGGUGGUCUCGACAACAUCUGCUCCAUCUACAACCUCUCCUCCAGAGACGGGCCGACUCGGGUCGCCCGUGAGCUCUCGGGACACUCGGGCUACCUCUCCUGCUGCCGCUUCAUCAACGACCGCCGCAUCCUCACCUCUUCGGGCGACAUGACCUGCAUACUCUGGGACAUCGAGUCCGGGGCCAAGAUCACCGAGUUUGCCGACCAUCUCGGAGACGUCAUGAGCAUCAGCAUCAACCCGACUUCCAACGACGUCUUUGUCUCUGGCGCCUGCGACAUGUUCGCCAAACUGUGGGACAUCCGUGUUGGCAAGGCCGUCCAGACCUUCUCCGGCCACGAGUCCGAUAUCAAUGCCAUCCAGUUCUUCCCCGACGGCAACGCCUUUGGAACCGGCUCGGACGACACCACCUGCAGACUAUUCGACAUUCGAGCCGACCGCGAGCUCAACGUCUACCAAAGUGACCAAGUACUCUGCGGUAUCACCUCGGUAGCCUUCUCGGUCUCCGGACGACUACUCUUUGCUGGUUACGACGACUACGAGUGCAAGGUAUGGGAUGUGUUGAGAGGAGAGAAGGUCGGCUCGUUAAGCGGCCAUGAGAACAGAGUCAGCUGUCUCGGCGUCAGUAACGACGGCAUAAGCUUAUGCACAGGUUCCUGGGAUUCACUGCUUAAAAUCUGGGCGUGGUAA